UGUUAGAUCGUAGCUGCAGUUUUGCGAGAACCUGCCGACCCGGAUGUCUCGUUCGUCGUCUACCAGUGAUCCGCUACUAAUGUCCUCCUGGUCACCGAAAUAUGUUCAAUCGGAUAGAUGCGAGCAAAUCAACGAAAGGUGCCAGCAAACUUCGAAGGGACCUGAUAAAUGCCGAAAUCGCCAACUUACGUGAUUUACUGCCAUUACCACCCUCGACUCGUCAGAGACUUUCCCAGUUACAGCUUAUGGCUUUGGUUUGCGUAUUCCUUCGAAAGGCCAAUUAUUUUCAACAAGCCUUGAAAAACUGUCCGUCCGACUCUUCGAAUAUCCCGACUCCUAAUAUAGGAUUUUCAAAAGCCAUGUCCGGAUUUAUAAUGAUGAUGACCCAGCAAGGGAAACUGUUGUAUAUAUCGGAAAAUGCCGCAGAAUACCUUGGACACUCUAUGGAAGAUUUAUUGAUCCACGGAGAUAGCGUUUACGAUGUGAUAGACAAACAGGAUCAUAUGGUUGUACAAAAUCAAUUAUCUAGAAAUAGUCCAAUUCCAAGCGAUAGAAGAUUAUUUCUUUGUCGCAUCAACGUGUCUAGAAAUUCUCGAAGACAACUACGUUUUGGCGAUCAGAAGGUGGUUCUUGUCGAAGGUCAUUUUUUACCUUUCGUUCCUGUUUGUAAUCGAAACGAAUUUGUUUUUCUUGCUUCGUGUACGCCCGUUAUUUUACCGGAAACACGAGAAAGUAUCGUGCAGGGUGCGACUAAUAUUUUCACCACCAUUCACUCUAUGGAUAUGAAGUACCUUCAUAUUGAUAAAACAGCGGAAAGCCAUUUGGAAUAUACACGUAACGAAUUAGUAAACGUGUCAUGGUACAAUUUGUUGCAUUGGGAUUCUAUACGAACAGCGUACUGUAAGCAUCAGACUGUUAUCCAAUCUGAUCAAGAAAGAUCUGCAACCGCGCUCUUAAGACUGCAGAGUCGUUCUGGGCGAUGGUUCUGGGUCCACUGUGUUUUACAAGUGAAGGAUACCUCUGAAGAAUGUCAGCAUCCCAUCAUUGUCUGUACGAAUCAAGUUUUAAGUGAUAAGGAAGCGGAAGUAAUGCGCUCGAGCUCGUGGCUGUACCAGUACUCGUCCCAAUCAAAAUUCACCUACACGAUCUGCUCCGGUAGCCAAAAUCGUAGUGUGCCAUACGCGACCGGAAGUCAGAACAACCAGCAGCAAGACUACGCGAGAUCGUUGUCUCACCCCCACAACAACGACCCUCAGCACUCUCCUGAUAUUCGAAAUUCCGAGCAGGAUGUUCACAAUUCCUCGAAGUCGCAGAUGAAAGAUUUCACAGGGAGAAGUACUCGAGAAGAUGCAGAGCCCGUAGACAUGUCUAUAAGUAGUAGCGAGCAUGAGAAUAGAAACAUACACGUGCACAUGCAACACGGCCAUUAUGCUCUUGGCCAAUUCACAGACAGGUACAAAGCACACCACAAAAAUUCCUUAAAUUUGAGUGGUUAUAGAGCUAAGUUUAUUCAGUGUCAUGGUCAGUACAACGUGAACGCGUUGUCGCCCAAGUAUUACAUCACAGAUUUAGAUAAGGAGUAUUGUUGUAACGAGAGGAGCAGUACGCAUAAGCGACUUCCUGUUAAGGCCUUGUCGACGUCAACGGUAACAGGAACAGCGGUUGAUCCCUCCGAGUUACCAAUGGAACAUUGGAACUCCAGUCCAGUAUGGUCCGACACCUUACAGAGGGUACCGGAUGUCGUUCAUCAAGAACUUAGCCCAUACGUAGCAACACCUACCACCCCAGUUGAUACUCCAGAUUCAGAGCUACACCCGGAAACGCCGAUUUUCAAUUUCGAUUGGACAGCCGAGCAACACGUGCCCAAUCUAAAGAUUACGUUUCGCAGUUCAAAUCAGGGAACCAGGAAGACCCAGGACGUUCAGCCGAUCACGUUACAGUUACCACGUAAAAAGGGCCAGUCCAUGAACGACUCUAAAGACUUUCCUAAAUGAGACUGUGCACUUUUUCAAUUGGUGCUUUACAGUUAGAUAGGCAAAUAUUAUAGAUUUUUUUUUCUCUAACACGUUGACUGUCACAGAAAAAUGGCUAUGUGUGGUAAGACAUUUUAUAUACUCAGGAUACAAUCCUUCCAUUUAUUAAAUUAAGCUCUAAAUAUAGAAAUUUAAAAAAAUAUUUUUUGUUCAUUUUUAGUAAUUCAUAGGUGGCAGUUAACGUGUUAAGUAGGCGGAAUUUUGCAAAUUUGGAGAAUCUAGCAGAAUACAAAGUGUUGGAAAUCAGUGGGAUUGUUGCACUGAUGCAAUUUAAAUUAUUUUAUCUUAUAUUGGUGACAGUCGAUCCAUUAAACUAGUUCCUAAUAUAGAAUCAUUAAAAGAUUUAAAGAUUGACUGAUAUCAUAUUAAAUUAUGAAAUCAAAUUCAGAAGUUGGUGCAAUGCAUUAAAAAAUUGUUUUUGUUGGAUGGAAAAGCUAUCAGUAUUAAAUGAAAUCCGUUUGCUGGUAAGAGAGAUAUAUGGGUAAGAUGCCAUAAAGUAUUAGGGUAAUAAGUGGUAGAAAUGGAAAAUUUUUGUAAUGUUUGUAGUAAAUAUUGAAUGCAAGAGAACAAGAGUACCUAAUUUUUAAUGUUAAAUGAUGAAGUAUA